AAUAUAUUCUGGAUAUGAAUUAUGGCAAGAUUAUAUUAUUCAAGAAAUGAAUUCCGCUCUUCAAGGAAUGGAAUCAAAUGAAUUAAAAGUAUAUGAUUCUGAUGCUAAUUAUUUAAAGAAAGAUGAGGAAUAA